AUGGGUCUUGAGGGGUUUCUUGAACGCGUGCGGGAGCGCAGGACUGAAGCCGGCGCGCCCGCCACGGGCCCCAGCCCCGGCCCCGUAUUCCUCAUCGGCACGGGCCCGGGCGACCCCGGCCUGCUGACGCUGCGCGCGGUGCAGCUGAUGCAGAGCGCCGACGUGGUGCUGUACGACCGCCUCGUGUCUGACGACAUCCUGAGGCUCGUGCACAGCGGCGCGCGCAUGGUGUACGUUGGAAAGCAGGCGGGGUACCACACCAGGACUCAGGACGAAAUCCACGAGCUGCUGCUGGAAUUCGCAGAGGCGGGCGCCACGGUGGUGCGCCUGAAGGGGGGCGACCCCUACGUCUUCGGCCGCGGCGGCGAGGAGGUGCAGUACCUCGCAUCCCGGGGCAUCCGCGUCCUGGCCGUCCCCGGCAUCACCGCCGCCGCCGGCAUAUGCGCCGAGCUCGGCAUCCCCAUGACGCACCGCGGCGUCGCGACCGCGGUGCGCUUCCUCACCGGCCACUCGCGCGAGGGCGCGGAGGCGGAGGCGUCGCUGGCCGAGGCGGUCGCGGCGGCGGCGGACCCGCACACGACGCUCGUCGUGUACAUGGGGCUGGGGACGCUGCCGAAGCUGGUGGAGCAGCUGGGAGCGCACGGGCUGCCGCUCGGCACGCCGGCGGUGGCGGUGGAGCGGGGGACUACGGCGGAGCAGCGGGUGGCAUUUGCCGAGCUCGGGGGGCUCAUGGACGCGACCGCGGCGCACGCGCUGCGCAGCCCGACGCUGAUUAUUAUCGGGAAGGUGGUCGCGCUGGCGCCUGGGUGGGGCGAGUGGGAGGCGGCGGGGCGGCCACGGGAGCUGGCGGCGGCGGCGUGGAGCGCGCGCGCGGCGCUGCCGGACGCGGCGGCGGCCGUGCUGGGGCGGGCGAGCGCGGCUGCGGAGGAGGGGGAGGGCCGGCGGCGCGGGGGGCGGCGGGAGGCGGCCCGCGAGGGUGAGGGCGCCGCGGCGGGCGCCGCGUGA